CCUGACGAGAUAAGAGAAGCCUUACUCGACGACGAUGAGGCUGAAACCAUAAAAGAUUCAUCCUCGCCAAGAACGAGUCAAGAUAUCUGCGAUGAUAACACUUCAGGCGAGGCGCCUGGCGGAGUAAGAAUAAGUGGCUGCGGCAGCGCGUUCGUGUUGCCCUCCUUCAAGAAGCUGGAGGAGCCCAAAGUUGUGAGCAGGAGAGGCUCCUUGGACGCGCAGGAGUCGUCGCGAAUCCGGCUGAGCAAGACGGGGAAGAUCGAGGUCGUGGACGCGAGCGAAGUAGGCGACGAACCCGACCCCAUCACGGAAGAGGGUGGCGACCGCCUCGACUCGGAGGAUGAAGGCAGAUUCCAGGACAGCGUGAGCUCCCAGCAGGAGGGCCCCGAUGCGCCCUCGGCCAGGAGGAGCAGCUUCACGGAGCGGUUCAACCUGUGGCGGAUGUCGUGGAAGUACAAGAACGACAGCCAGCCGCCGAGCCGCAGCGAAUCGCUCAAGAUACGGCUGAUGCAGAGGCGCGCGAGCGGCUCCGAAUUCAGCAUGAGUUACGACAGCGUGCGGCGCUCGAUGUCCGGGAACUUGAACGACCUAUUUUCCGGGGGCGGUCAGAGGCGCGCGAGUACCGUGGAGACGCCGAGGCUUGCUAGGAGGAACUCGGAGCAAAAGGCAUCGUAUCCGAGGCGAGGGUCGCUUACCAAUCUAAUCUUUAGGAGUGCUAGCGACACCAGCGCCUCCCAGAGGUUUAAUGUGGACGAUAGACUCUGGAAGAUCAACAAGAUGGACAAGGCGUCGGUCGAGCGGGCCUCGGAUGCAUACAGCUACUUCUUCGACUACCCUGUCCUGCACCAAGACGCGAGAGAGCUUGCCCGUCAGGAACUCCACUCCGCCCUGCGCGAGUCCUGCAGCCGCGGCGAUGUGUCCCGGGCGAAAGCUAUUCUGCGGGACCUCGGCGCCGAGGCCGAGAUCAUCAUCAACUCGGCGCCCAACGGAUCCAACACGCUGCUCUUCAAAGCAUGCGAGGAGGGGCAGCGCGAGAUGGUGCGACUGUUGCUUGACCAUGGUGCAGACGGAAGGAUCCAUCCAGUCACCAAGUACUCGCCUUUGUACAUUGCGUGCUACUAUGGCCGCAGGGACAUCGCAGAAAUGCUGCUUAAGAAAUUUCCAACUUUAGUCAAUGUGUCAACCGUAGAGCGAUGGCUGCCCUUGCACGCUUGCAUCAUCAAUGGUCACACUUCCGUUCUGGAACUGUUGCUCAAGUUUCCAUAUCCAGAGGAAGCUUUGAGAAAGUAUUGGGACAAAACAGGGCAGUAUGAGUAUGAGAUGGCAUUUGACAUCAACAUGAAAGAUGUCACUGGACAAAGUGCUUUGUACUUAGCAUGUUAUGUAGGCAACCAAAAACUUGUGGACCUUCUUUUGAAGCACAGAAUACAGGCAACCAAAGUUAAGACCAAAGAAGAAAUUGAGAAGGAGAGACAGCAGAAGGAAAUGGACUCGAGCAGCAACGACUCCAAGUCCAGCAGCAGAGAGAACACUAAGACGAGCAUUGACUCCACCUCGGACUUAGCGGAGAAGAGCGAUGAUGUCGCCAGCCCAACCAAGCACCGCAUUUCGGGAGGGAUUCAGGCCCUCAUGUCGAAACUGAAUCUUGUGAAGACAGAUGCUAAUCAAAAGGAUAACAUGAUCUCGCCUCUUGAUAUUGAUAUGUACUGUAAUAGCAACACAGAGACGGCUCUUCACAUAGCAGUGAAAAACAAGCAUCACAGCAUUGUGUCGAUGCUGUUAGCCGCUGGAGCCAACCCCAACCUGCGAGUGUAUCUGCCAGAUGACGAGAUGGCCAGAUUAGCCGAGGACGAAUAUAUAUUCACAGGCUCCACAGCGCUGGUCGAGGCUUGCCGGAACAGGGACUUGGGCAUGCUGGACCUCCUUCUAAAGAGCCAUGCUAGGGACGACGAGUGCAAGGCCCUCUUCAUUGCAGCGCACGCCAAAGAUGAAAUCAUAGUGUCCAAGCUUCUGGCGCUCAAGGCACACCCAGACCCAGAGUUCAAGGUGAACAAAAGAGCUCUAGAAAUUAAACCGAGCCAACAAUUCAGUUCCUUGAGUGUCAGCAAUGCCGGAGGGGUUUAUUCUUCAUUGGCCCCCUCCACGCCAGUCAUGAUUAACUGGCACGGGCAGAGAUGUCUGUCUUAUCUGAAGGACCAAUGGCUAGUCGAUGCCUCGGUAAAUCUGAACCCAAAGCUGAGGUUGAGUCCACGCAACCAAGUGAUCGCCCUGUAUGCCAUCACACGCUUGGACAUCUCAAACAACGCUCUCACAGAGUUGCCUGAUAUGAUCUUCCAACUUCCUAGUCUGAAGACUUUGAAUGCAGCCCAGAACAAGAUUGAGAAACUCCCCCCAAACAUAGGACAUUUUAUCGACGGCACUGUGACUCUCCCGCGGAAAGGUUCCAAAAAAGAGCUUGUAAUUGGUCCUUUGUCUGUAUUAGAGGAGGUUCAUUUACAGGACAACAGAUUAGACUCCUUACCAGAUGGAAUCUUUACACUCCCUACACUCCAGCUUCUUGACGUAUCCAACAACAAGUUAUCCUCAUUACCUUACAAGAUCUGGACAGCCCCCAAGUUGAGAGAGCUCAACGCUUCCCUCAACCUCCUACACGACCUCCCCGUUCGACCUGAGGGACAAGGUCAUGACUCUGGCAUGAGUUCUGAUGCUGUAAGUGAGGUGAGUGAUGAGGACAGCCUCUCAUCAGCCAGUGAACUACAGCUGAGUCUCAUGGACGAUUCAACCGAUGAGUCUCCAGCACGGAGGAAGACACCAGACCACAGAGGGGUUCUCUCCCUGGGCAAGCACGGCAAUGUCAUCACCUGCUGCCGACGUCGAGACCUGAAGCACCACAGCCUCUGGUCCAAUGCAGUGGAGAUCCAGGAGUCUCUUGUCGGUGUCAGAGAGACAGAAGAGGAGACUAUGUCCAACCUCCAGUCUCUCAACCUAUCUCACAACUCUUUUACGUCCGUUCCCAGUGGCCUGGCCUGCCUGGCUCUUUCUCUCAACCGUCUCAACCUUAGUUAUAACAGAUUAAGUGAGAUGGGCACAGCCACUUGCUAUCCUGUUGGGUUAAAGCAGUUGGAUCUCUCUCACAACCGUAUCCGAGCCUGGCCUACAGUUUCUCGUAGUGAGUCGCUGGAAAGCCUCGAGUCAACCUUGCCAUCAUGUUAUGCCCUUGCUGAAGUAUCCAGGAGUGCUAAAUUUGCAUGCCAAGUACAAACUAGUAAACUCCACCCCUUCUCCUUCCUCCCGCCUCACAAUUACAUAGGUCGAAAGUACAGCCAGAACCUGAACGUAAACCGCGUGAGGGGGGGCACUAGCUCCCCCUUGGGCGUCUCCCCCACCCCCGGGCUCUGCAUCCACCGCCGUCACAUUCGCCUCGAGUCUCUAAGGACCCUCAUCCUGGCCGACAACUCUCUCACACGCCUCAACCUCUACCUGGACGACAACGAAUUCUCUGUCGUUUCAGAAGUUGAUGAAAAUGAAGCCAGUCCCGUCCGAAGCAGUGCACCAAGGAAGUCCUGGUUGCUGUUUCCUAACCUGUCAAUGUUGGAUGUCAGUAACAACCUCCUCAGAGAGUUACCAACAACACUUCACGAGCUUACAAACUUGUCUGUUCUCAACAUAUCGGGCAACACUGACAUUACAGAGCUGCCCCCAGAGAUGGGACUCCUAUCUAGGCUGUGGAACCUCAACACACGUGCAUGCUCUCUGCAGGAGCCCUUGAAGUCCAUGAUUGAUAGCAAAAAAUACAAGACAAUGGAUGUGAUUGGAUAUUUGAAGAGUAUACUUGAGGAUGCAAGACCAUAUGCCCGUAUGAAGUUGAUGAUUGUAGGCGUGCAAGGCAUUGGCAAGACGUCCCUCCUGGAACAGCUGAGGCAAGAGGGCACAGGGUCAUACAGGAAGAAGCCAGUUGAGCACUGGGCAAAGCGAAUGGGAAACAAAAACAUCAAUACCCGCACCUCCAGAGGGACAAGCAUGUCGACUGUUGGUGUUGAUAUUGGUGACUGGAUAUUUGAGAAGAAAGUCCGUGGUCAUAGUAACUAUGGCCCGGUGGUGUUCAGGACAUGGGACUUUGGUGGGCAGAAAGAAUACUAUGCCACCCACCAGUACUUCCUCUCAAAGCGAUCCCUCUACCUGGUUGUGUGGAAGAUCAGUGAUGGUGAGCGAGGGGUGGCCGAGAUCCUGCAGUGGCUGGUCAACAUUCAGGCACGAGCUCCAAACUCUCCUGUGCUUAUUGUGGGGACACACUAUGAUCUAGUGAAGGAAAAGUUCCCUCCAUCGUGGAGCGAGGACCUCCAGCAAAUGAUUAGGGACAGAUUCAUCAACGUCAUUGAUGCAGAUAAGCUUGGGCUCCCUCGAGUGUUGGACACCAUUGAGGUGAGCUGCAAGACACGACACAACAUCAAGCUACUCUGCAACUUGAUAUAUGAUACAGUGUUCUCCUUGAAAACUCCAGGGAGCAAAGAGCGUCUCCUGGAGCAGCGCAUCCCAGCCUCCUAUCUGGCCCUGGAGGAUGUGGUUGGAGUGUUAGCCCUUGAGAGACGAGUCCAGGGCAGAGACCCCGUGCUGCCUGCAGACAAGUACCAGGCACUCGUCACUCAGGAAAUGUCAGCCAGGGGACAUAGGCCCUUCAGAGACUCGGCAGAGUUGAAUCAGGCCACGACAUUCCUGCAUGAGAAUGGUGUCAUGUUGCAUUACGAAGACGCAACACUGAAAGACCUAUACUUCCUGGAUCCGCAAUGGCUGUGUGACAUGCUUGCCCACGUCGUAACUAUCAGAGAAAUUAAUCCAUUUGCUCGGAACGGCAUAAUGAAGUUAGAUGACCUGAAACACGUAUUCAAAUCCUCCACCUGCGCCCCCAUGGAUGCCAAGUCGUACAUAGUGAACCUCUUGAACAAGUUUGAGGUUGCUCUCACCUGGGACAACAGGACGCUGCUCAUCCCUUCCCUGUUGCCGUCGGAGGAGCAGUUGCGCAGUGGGCUUCCAGGAAUGGACGUUAGGGUAAAGAUUCCAGUGCGAUCAAGAGGCUGGGCCGUUCGCAGCAAAAAGUUCUCCAGCUCAACAGGCUCCACCAUUGUCGGGAAUUCUGCAUUCUACAUGACAAACGCAGAUGUGCGAAAGCCAGCCAGGCCUCUCUCUUACCACGGCCUCACCACAGAAGCGAUAGGGAGCCCCAAGAAGGAGUCGGAGGAGGUGGGCCUAACCCCCUCAGCAGACCCCCCAGCAGUGCAAGUGACGCAUCGCUCAGCCCCCCAUGCGGCCAUCCGGAGGCUGCUGCUCAUGUCCUACUUUCCAUCAGGCUUCUGGUCUCGACUCAUCACCCGUAUUUUGGCAGAUGAUGCCGUCGUCGACAUUAUUAGGAAUUACUUUGUCAUGCCCAGAGAGGUGCUAAAUGACCGUGAUUUAUCAUCAGUUUUGGGAGGGCAGGCGGAGUGGGUGUGCUGGCAAACGGGCAUGGAACUCCACUAUGCCCACACUACACUCUUCCGCAUGAGGGAAGUCCUGCCCUUGCACAUGCACUGUCAGCCUUCACAUGGGCCACAUACACCCACGCAUGGAGCUAGCCACACCAGUCAGCUGACAUAUGACUACAAGAGCAUGAGGUUCCUUGUCAGACAGGAGGGCGUGUGGUCUGAUGUUGAGGUAAACAACUCAGCAGUCCUAGAAAUCAUUCUACCCAAUGAGGCAGUGGUGAUUAAACGGCCCUUGCAGGAAAAUGAUGCCACAAGCACAGCUGCAGAUAUUCUAGCCUGCGGCAUUCAGUCCGUGGUCCUUGAUCCAGCCCCUGAGUGUGUGGCCAAACUCCUCUCACUUGCAGUGGACCACAUUGACACUUUGUUAGAAGACUGGUACCCAACCCUAGGCACAAGGUUUGUGCACACGAGCGAGGGCAAGUUCUUGGUGACGCGCCUGGUUCCAUGUCCUGUUUGCCUGGAAUGCCAUGGGCAGCACGAGGGCCCUGGAAACCACCCACAGGCACGACACCUGCCGGAUAACUGGGGUUCAUUUGUGGAGAUGAACCCUCUUUACUGCUCCAUGACAGCCUCACAGAUAUCACAGGACCUCAAUGCCUCCCACACCUCACUGGAGCGCUCUCUUCUCACUAAUAGUUUAAUGGGAAGUCUGGCUCCGUCCCAACAGGGUCACCCACUUGUUGGCGUCCCAUCCCCGCAGCCAGGUGGAAGAUCCUCCACGUCCUCCACUGCUGCAGGUGGAGGAGGAGGAACUGUGGGAGGGGGAGUGUCACCAGGUGGAGCGGCUAUUGGGGGGAACAUGUCACCUCAGCUUCCUAGACGCAGCUGGGGAUCUCGGGAGUCAUACACGUCUGACGGAGAUAGCGGCGUUGGAGCUGAAUCUACUACCUCAAGAUAUUUUGUCAUGAACUGCAAGUGUCGUAGUCAGCAUUUAUAUAUUUUUAAUUGUCGCAAGCCAUCAGCCGAAGGGAGACCAGACCUCGACAACAGCGGAAACAACGAAGGCGAGACAUCAGGUGGCCAAGAGGUGACACCAGUCGUCUAUUCCUUCAUGGUGGAGGAAUGCAUUCUAGCUGCUUACACUGCUCGCUCUGUGCCGUGUCCUCUCCAUGCCGAUCUCCUUUUGGCUCAGAUUGCACCCGACACAGUUUUCCUAGACUUAGGUGACAGGUACCUUGUUCGUCCAGAGCUGAUCAAGCAGGGCAAACUGCUGGGCCGCGGAGGCUUUGGCUUCGUCUUCCAAGGAGCGUGUCGCAACAGAGCCAGUGGGGCUCCCAUGGAUGUGGCCCUUAAGAUGCUGCAGCCUGUUGACCCUGGAACCAGUGCCAGACAGAGUGCCAUUGUUGCUUAUAAGGCUGCUCAGAGCAAGUGGGAACGAGACCCCCUGCAGUACGCAUGCAAGGCUUAUUGCUCGGCAAGACAAGAGGUGAACAUUCUCCUCUCUCUACGCCAUCCUCACAUUGUUCCCUUGGUGGGCGUCUGUCCGCGACCCCUCGCCCUCGUCCUAGAGUUAGCACCCCAAGGAGCUCUUGACCAGUGUCUUAAGCAUUACCAGAGAUCAGGAGCCAGACUUUCCCUCCAUACAUUGCAAGCUGUUGUGUUGCAGGUUGCCAAAGCCCUGGAGUACCUGCAUGGCCAACACAUCAUCUAUCGAGAUCUAAAGAGCGAAAAUGUUCUCGUGUGGGAACUUCCUCCACCUUUCCAUCACCAACCUCAACCCAAAGUAGAUGUCCGACUCGCUGACUAUGGUAUUAGCAGAUCUAGUCUACCCACGGGAACGAAGGGCUUUGGAGGCACAGAGGGAUUCAUGGCACCGGAGAUGAUGAGACACAACGGAGAAGAAGAAUACACGGAGAAGGUGGACUGCUUCUCUUUCGGCAUGUUCAUGUAUGAGCUGCUGACAACACACCAACCGUACGAACACUGUGACAACGUGAAGGAGCAUGUGCUGGAGGGAGGGCGGCCAGCUCUCACUCACAGGGAGACAGAAUACCCCGUAUACGUGCUCGACCUGAUGGUGAUGUGCUGGUCACAGCAGCCGAGGCUACGACCCUCUGCAUCCCAGAUUGUGUCCAUCGCCUCGGCACCAGAGUUUACCCACCUCCUGGAUGUGGCCUCGCUUGAUCACUCCCUUAAUAUCAUGGAUGCAAUAAGGGUACCGCCUGUGUUGGUAAAGGAUGAGGACGGGGAAUUAGUUGUGCGUGACCAAGGCAGCAUCUGGGUGAGCCGCACUUCACCGCAACUGGACAUGGUGGGCGCAGGUGAAUGGGGCUGGGGAGCCUACACCAGCAUAGAGGGACUUCCCGACACCAUCACUGCGAUGUGCUGUGUUGGGGAAUAUGUGUGGCUUGGAGACAGUGCAGGAAAUAUCCAUGGCUAUAGCACCCGUGACUAUGGAAGAGUCUUCAGCUAUUGCCUUGAGCCCGAUGCACCCCAGUCAUCUCCUGUUCGGUCACUCUGCAGCUUGCAUGCACUAGGAAGAGUUGCAGUUGCUCUUUGCAAUGGCCGUCUUUUCCUGUGCAGUUCAGAUGUUACUCCAACAUCUCCUGUGCUUGGUGAAGGAAGCUUUGUUAUGACUGAGUUAGCUGGAUCCACACAGGAGAUUCACUGCUUGGCGGUGGCCCAGACUCCUACUACGUGGUCUUUAUGGUGUGGAGGCAGCGAGGGGACAAUGAGCAUCUUCUCCCUGCGCGAUGAUGGCUUGGUGGUGAGCCAGGACUCUGUCUCACACUUCACCACCUCCACACCUCCUCCCUCAGGAGAUGCCUGUGAUGUCCUGAUCCUCCAUGCGCCACAGACCAUCUCAGCCGUUUCUAGACACCUAAGGAACUCUAUUUGGUCUUAUGUUUAUCCAGGCUGUGUUGUGUAUCACUGGGAUGUAAAAGAGAAGAAAUUAGUUAACAGAUUGGACUGUUCCAAGUUAGUUCCUUGUUCUGAAAGUCUGCAGUCCAUUAGCAUUGAAGAGCACCUAUCCCCUUCACAGUGUCAGGUCUCAGCUGUAGCGGUGUGUGGAGGCGAAGUAUAUGUGGGGACGACCUGGGGCUGUGUUGUGGUGGCUGAAGCAGAAUCCAUGCGGCCCAUCACAGUCUUCCGGCCGUACGAGGAUGAGGUGCGAGCCAUUGUCCCUCUGCCACCAACAUCAGUCAUUGUCGAGCCAGAGUUGGGAUCCGGAGACGUAUCGGAUGGCAGUGAAGGGGACGCUGAGAGGCUGAUGAACCCGGUGCCGCUGCUGGCGACCAUUGGGAAGGGCUACCGCAAUCUGCUGGGCCGCUACGCACCCAUUCCCAGAUCAGCACAACCCGAGCCGGGUGCGCAGAGAGCCAUGUACUGCUUGCUAUGGCGAGCACACCACUGGCUCAAUACAUGAGUCUUCUCGUGAGAGUGAUAUAGGAUUUUGUUGAUAUUGUAUUUGUUGAUAACUAAAAAAGCUAGUUUCUAAAAAAGUUCUUUCUUUUUUGUACACAAUAAGGGAGAAAAAGACAAAAAAAGUGAAAUUGGUCACAAAUUAGAUAAUUAAGUGAGUCAGAGAUUUUUUAGGUUGUAUCUAAAAAGGAUUCUUACUCAGGAUAUCUCUUAACAUGAAUCAAUUACUAAAGAAAAAUGAUACAAUUGAAGAAAACACUCGACUAAAUGCUUUCCAGUGGAGAAGAAAUGACGAAUUGCUUUGUGAAAACAAAAUUGUUUCAUCCUCACAUCAGAUAAGACUGCAGCAAAGACUAUAGAAACAUAUUACUCAGCCAAACUUCAUUCAAGAUUUCAGAUGUAUGAAUGGAAAUUGAAUGGGAAUAUUGUAAGGCUUUCAGGUUUUGUGUAACAGCUUCCAUUAUUUCCAUUCAUCACAAGCAGAGGAACGAUUCAUUUACAGUGAUAAAGAACAUCCAAAGUGGCUUCUGAGUUGAAGUAUGUUUAGGCCUUGAAUACUUUCUUUUGCGUAUUGAAGUGUGACCUUGGAAGAUGAAAACUAUUCCUGUGUGACAUGUGUAUACAAGAUAACUCCUUAUGUUCUAAAAUCAUACACAAAAAUUGCCUUAAUCGAUAUCUAUCCGUGAUGCGGAUGGCAGCUUUUAGAAUUUUUUUUGAUAGGUUACCAGGUUGAACUUCUUGCUGUUAAGGUUUUUAUGUAUAUUUAUAUACAGUAAUUGCCAAGCAAGACAUGUUAGUACUUCCACUUUAUUUUGAGGCUUUGUUUUAUAACAGAUAGGAUCAGUAAACAAAACACUGUUAAAUACUGUUUUACCUGCAGAGAAAACGAAAAAAUGUCGACUGAAAUGAAUAGUUGAUAUUUUUACCAAAGAAACUAUUCCAGGAUUACUUGUACUAUAUAUAAUGGCAAUUCUAUUUAAUCAGCUGUGAUUUAAUGUGUAUUCCUAUGUAAACUAUGAUGUAGCACAAGUGUAUGACUACUUAUAAACUCACUGCGCUUUGUCAGUAUUGGCAGACUGACCAACUCAGAAUUCUUGUUCUCUAGUCAAUAACUGUUUUAUUGUGAUAAUGUUUCUUACAGGCAACCAUGGUUAUUUUUAGUGCAGGGUUUUUUGUAAAAUUGACAUCAUACCAGCAACACAUUCUCAAUACUUGACCCAUUUUUCAUUUCCCUUUGGAGCGUGUAAAGUAUAAUCAUUCUUCUUUUUUUUUUCUUUUUUCUAAGAUGAAAAUAAAAGACUGAAAUUCUAGUAGGGUAUGCUACUAUUUUUUGUUUGUUGAUGGAUGUUCUUCAGACUACUGAUGUUGUCCAUUGAAGUGAUCAGUGGGCUGAAGUGCAUUUUCAGUACCAGAAUAAUAAAUAUAUUGAAGAAA